UUACUAGGUGUUCAUUUUUGAAGUUCGAAGUGUUAUAGCAUGAUGAUGAAACAUGGUUACUCUAUCACCUUUUUAACUUUCUUUCUGUUUUUUUCUCUUGUUUUACAUUUACAUUUUGAAACAAUGGCUGCAAGAACAUCAGUUAAUGUAUUCGGUCCACCUAUCACUCUCGACCAAUCAACACAACCAUCCCCAAAAAAUUUUUUACCCAAAUCUUCAGGUCCUAGUCCCAGAGGAGAAGGACACCCACAUCUACUAGGUACAUCUAUCACUCUCGACCAGUCACCACAACCAUCCCCAAAAAAGUUUUUACCCAAAGCUUCAGGUCCUAGUCCUGGAGGAGAUAUACACCCUCACCUACUAGGUCCACCUAUCACUCUCGACCAGUCACCACAACCAUCCCCAAAAAAGUUUUUACCCAAAGCUUCAGGUCCUAGUCCUGGAGGAGAUAUACACCCUCACCUACUAGGUACACCUAUCACUCUGGACCAGUCACCACAACCAUCCCCAAAAAAGUUUUUAACCAAAGCUUCAGGUCUUAGUCCUGGAGGAGAUAUACACCCUCACCUACUAGGUACACCUAUCACUCUCGACCAGUCACCACAACCAUCCCCAAAAAAGUUUUUACCCAAAGCUUCAGGUCCUAGUCCUGGAGGAGAUGGACACCCUCAUCUACUAGGAAUAUCAGGCUGAUGUGUCAACACCAAAGAACUUCUCAUAUGUAAUAAAAUAACAAAAUUAUUAAAAUAUAUGUCAUUCAUAUUAAAGUGUUUGAAAUUUACUUAUAUAUAUUACUAAGCUAAUCAUAAAUUAAAAAAAAAAUA